AUAUCCAUCCUUUGCUCACCAAGCAGCUUCUUUCAGGGUAAAGCUUUCUGAUCUGUGAUAAUUACUGAUACCAAUUUCUAUCAUCAGUCAUUGCCAUUUUUCUCUAAGUUAUUUUCACUGCUUAGAAGCAUCCAAGGGUGUGUUUUGAAGGGUGCCUUAAGAGCUGCUCAAGGUCAAGAUGAAUAUUCACAUUUUAUCCCUGGAUUUUCAAGCUCCUGAGGUGUUGGAAGAGCUUGCAAUGAUGAAAGUGGAGGCAGAAAGUCAGCUCCAAAAGCAGGAAUCCAGAUUGAAACGCAGUAAUGCCCUAGCAAGGAAAUGAAGGCACUUUCGGCAGCUCUGCUACCAGGAGAGGGGACCAAGAGAGGCUCUUAAUCGACUUCAGAAACUUUGCUACCAGUGGCUGAAGCCACAUGUGAGCACAAAGGAGCAGAUCCUAGAGCUGCUGGUGCUGGAGCAGUUCCUGAUCAUUCUCCCCAAGGAGCUGCAGGGCUGGAUAAGGAAGCACUGUCCAGAGAGUGGGGAAGAGGUUGUGAUUUUGUUGGAAGAGCUGGAGAGAGAACUUGAUGAACCACAACAUGAGAUCUUGUUUCUUUGUCCCCGGAUGGUAACUCACAGACAAGUCCUCUCCAGAGAGAAACUGCCUGUAGAAGAGCAGUCGUCACUGAGCCUUCAGUGCCAGCCUAUGGAGCCCCAGCACUGUGAUCCUGCCCAGCAGUCCCAUCCUAGUGGAGAGACAGAUGGAAUGACCGAGAUUGAAGACAGAGAGUUGGUGCUAGGGAAAAACUGUCCAAGGGUAGUAGAGCCACAUGGGAAAACAUUUCAUGGUCAGCCCUGGGAGGUAUCACAGCAGGACUGUGGAUGUGGAGAAGUUGGGUGUCAUAAAGGUGGGCCAGAGAGGCAGCGGGCCAUGGGCUUAGCAGACGGGCAACACUCAUGUGAGGAAUGUGGGAAGAGCUUUGCUCAGAGCUCAGGCCUCACUCAACACCAGAGAAUUCACACUAGAGAAAGACCCUACAAAUGUAAGUGUGGGAAAACCUUCAGUCGAAGUUCUGGGCUAGUUAAUCACCUAGGGAUCCACAAUAUACAGAAGUGGUACCACUGUAAGGAGUGCAGGAGGGCCUAGGAGAGUGCAGGUCUGAUCCAGCAUCCGAGAAUCCACAAGCGGGGGAAGCCCUAUCAGUGCACCCAGUGUGAAAAAAGCUAGAGUCUCCAGUCGUUUCUCAUCGAGCAUGAGAGAAGCCACACUGGAGAUGGACCGCACCAGUGCUUAAACUGUGGGAAAAGCUUUGAUCACCACUGCGAUGUCAUCCGGCAUCAGAAGAUCCACACGGUGGCUGACAUGAGCCAGCAUUUGCUGUGAAUGAAUUCUCCAAGUCUGGCCAAGUUCUAGGGGUUAGGAUAAAACCAGAAAAUGCCUUUCUUCCUGUUUCCACUAAACAUGUUUGGAACAUAUACUGACCUUUGGCCCAGGACAUCCUAAAAGGCAAUUUUGUGUUUUUGAAGCUGCUCCUUACCCUUUUGUUUGCUACUUUCCUGUUCUCAUGACCCCUGUCCUCUUAUUUAUCUUUGGCUGCUGACCCAUGUUAGUAAUAUACUGAUUAAGUCAACAUCCUUGAAAAAUCAGGUAUCUAUGUUUAAUUUCUAAAGAUAACAUAGUGUUCCACUGGUGUUUUAUAAUAAAUGUCUUUGGUAUUCUUAUGACCCUGCCUACAUUGUGGACACCUUUGUACACUACUGGUUCCCUCAGACACCUGCAAGACUCCCCCUUGUAAUAG